UUAGAUCGGCUGGUCCUGACUCUCCAAACGGAUGCGCGCCGCUCUUGGAGUCUCCAGGCGCGCAGCGGAGGAUUUUGCGCACUGAGCUCCAGCAGCGCUGAGGAGCGCACUGCUGUCUGUCUGACUGCAGUCUUGUUUCUGGGAUGCGCGGAUUCACUUGGCUGCAUUUCUACUGCGCGCCGCCUUAACUCACCGCUAGAUCUCCCGAAUAAACAACUGAAAAUUCGUUGUUUGUUUCUGUUUCGGUUGGAUUUGAAACUUAGACGAGAGCUUGUUUCCACCAGGUCUCAUUUCUAGUCCCAGCUUCUCAGAGGAAACUCAAACAUUCCCGAGAGGAGGACGUACUUGGAGAGGAUUUAACAACUCCGUGUCCGACUGAAGAGGCAUGACUCCAGCGUGCUGCCUUUACCAAUGAAACUUUAUUUUCCAGGUGAUCUGUGAGAUGUUUCAGCGGCAUGCGCGUCUCGUCCUCUCCGAGUCACCCAGAGAGGAUUAAAGCGCCGCUCAUCGAGAAUAAACUGAGAAGUCUUUGAAGAUGAGAGUCCUGCAAACAUUCUUGCUGCUUCUCCUUCUGCAUCAGGUCACAUGCAGGAAAGUUCAUGGAGGAGCCAGAGAACUCAUCGAGUGGAGCGACAGUGAUAACGAACAGAAGCUUUCUCCCACGGGGGCCAGUCCACGGGUUCUCAACCCCAUUCGUUUAUUUGCCAGGGUCUCCCCCGAGCUCAAGAGCAACACGAGGGAGAUGACAUAUUUACAGAAUAUGGAGGACUUUUGGGACUGGUUAUCUAACCAGACAGAUGCUCAGGGCGCACAGACCAGAACUAAACGUAGACCCAUCGUCAAGACUGGCAAGUUCAAAAAGAUGUUUGGGUGGGGGGACUUCCACUCCAACAUCAAGACCGUCAAACUCAACCUCCUGAUCACGGGGAAGAUCGUCGACCACGGGAAUGGCACUUUUAGUGUUUACUUCCGUCACAACUCCACAGGGAUGGGGAACGUAUCCGUGAGCCUGGUGCCACCGUCCAAGGUCGUAGAGUUUGAGAUCGCCCAGCAGUCGACUCUGGAGACCAAAGACACCAAGUCGUUCAACUGUCGCAUCGAGUACGAAAAGACGGACCGCAACAAGAAGACCGCCCUGUGCGGCUAUGACCCAUCCAAGGUGUGCUAUCAGGAGCACACACAGAGCCACGUGUCAUGGCUGUGCUCAAAACCCUUCAAGGUCAUAUGCAUCUACAUAGCCUUUUAUAGUGUAGACUACAAACUGGUGCAGAAGGUCUGUCCUGACUACAACUACCACAGUGACACACCUUACUCCUCCACAGGAUGACCUAGCUGUUGAAACACGCAUCUGUCUUUUGUUUAAUCUUCAAAAUAUGUAAAGUCAGCCUCCAAACUCGUCGUCCUGAACUACCUAACAACCUGUGAUAUGUUGACAAGUCCCCCCCGCCCCACAAAUAAACAGACAUGCUGAAGGGAUUUGGAGAAACCUUUGUAAAUACUGCACACACAACUUCAGAGAGGCGUCCAGAGACUUUGAAUUUAGGGGCUGGUGUGGAAUGCCCCAGUAGCUACCAACCAUCGGUAUCUCCUCAUCACAACAGCACACUUCUUUGGUGUAAUUACUGUGUUGUCCAGAUGUUUCCUACAAGGCUAGACCACAGGCAAAUUCAGGGCUGACUGGAACAGCUUUGCUGGCUUCCUACUGCUCUGAAUUGAUGCUAACGUCACCAUGUUUGUUAUUGCAAUACCCACAGAUUUUAUUUCAUGAGGGACAUUGCUGCCUUUUGAAUAUUUAGCCAAUGUAGUCUAAUCAUUUUCUCUGUAGUAGAUCUGGAAUCUAUUCCCGGGGUAAACUAGAAAAAUUAUUCAGGCCGGGAAUUUGGCACCAACCCAGAGCAGACUAGUAACUUGCAAACAUUUUUCCAUUUGAUUGAGGGGUCAGCAGAUCGAAUUUCGGUCGUGCAUUGGGGAAUUUAUGAGCAGGGAGAAGAGAGUUGGAUUAACGGACAUCACCGACAGGGGGGACUGCAGGCAAUACUGAGCGGGUCACUCCAGCUGUCAGGCCAGCAGGACUUGUCCCAGUGCUCCCGAUACCUAGUCCACCACUGUUCACUCAUACUUCUUAGAACACAAAAGAAGGAAAAAGUAGCUAUUUUUAAAAAGCUUUCAAUAAUUUGAGCGGAAAUCUGGAGUUUUUUCUCAAAUGGCACAAUCUACCAGUGAAAAGGUGGUGGUGCACCUUAAGCCCCACUCGCUACUUUCAAGAAAAAGGCUGAAAGCUAUGUUUCUCAUUUGUGAACACGUAACAUAACAUUAUAUACAUAUAUAUAUAUAUAUAUAUAUAUAUAUAUAUAUAUAUAUAUAUAUAUAUAUAUAUACAUGUUUACUUUUAUUUUAUUUUCUUACCAUGAGAAAUGUUACCAACUGCAUCUAGGUAUGUCCGCAAAUACUUGCACACGUUCUGUGAUUGACAUCUACAUGUGAACGGAUGUCUAAUGCUAUUGGCUAACGCUGAUCGGCGCUUAACUCAAAUUGCAUGGUGCUCUACGGACAUAAGGUGGCUUAGCGAGAAAAAAAGAGGUAUUGUCUACAUUUAUAUCACAGUAGGUAAGACUAUCACUUUUACAAAUUUCUAAAAUAUAUGUAUAAUUACUGAAAAACUCUUGAUUGCUGCUUAAAUUAUUUAAUUUCAUUAUUUUAUUUAUAUAUUUAAUUAUAGCCAUUUAAAAAUCUUUCUUGUGUAAGAAUACAUCAGAAGCAUGGCUUCAAACAAUCCCAAAUUGCCCAUGACAAAAUAAAUUGAUCCAACAAACCUAAUUUUAACAAAAUGUGGAAGCACGAUUGUAAAUUAUCACACAUCUAACCACCUGUCCACCUUUAGCGUAAAUACUCCCCUGCUUCCUCCCUAAAACACAUUCGUGCUACAGUUAUCCUAAGGCGUGUGUGUGCUAAACUAGUCUGAAAUCCAACAUCUGUGUUUGCAGGAUGCACUCUGAGGCAUCAGCCCGCCAAGCAAGCUGUACACUGGAUUAAUGUGUCAGCAGGGGAAGAGAGAAGGGGGAUGGCAAUAAUUGCAGGACAGGUGGAUUUAGUGAGUCUGGCAGACAAUUAUCAGCACUUUGUCAUGGUCCUGCUACCAGCCCUGACAUUACCUGUCUUUAAUAGGCUUUAAUCAGCCUGGGAAAUACAUUCUCCAGGAGUCGAGAAACUGGAAGGUAGAAACAAUUUUUAAAAAAGGGCAUAAGGAAAUAAUAUGUCUGCAGUAUGAAUAAGAAGCAGGAAUUUUUUUUAAAUGUCUGUGAUACGGCAAGCAUAAGCUGGCAGAUUUAAGAGUACAAGGUUUAGUAUGUGAUGUUUUCAUCACAUUUUCACUGUUUCUGUCAAUGCUACUUUAUUUUUUCAUCAACUGUAAAUGAUCCUGUCACCUUGUUCACAUGAGGUGAGCUGUACGAUAAAUCAGCUGAUCUAUGAUGUUUUAGUUCCACUCCUUCGUGCAAAUGCUGUGUACUAAUGUGUAACUCUAAAACUGAACAUGUUCCACUAUGGCUUCAGAGUAAAUGAUGUCAAAUAAUUUCAGUUUUCCCUGAGAAUAUAUAUGAUUGUGCAAAUUCUUCCUUAGUUUUUGGUGUUUUGUCAGAGAUAACAUAAAUGUCAGAUUUAUUGCCUGAAAAUAUAGAUUGCUUUGCUAUUUUGUAAUAGCACAUUAGUCCUGUUAUAUUUUUUUAACCUCCUGCUUAGUAAUCUUCUUUAAACUGUAAAUUUGGAUGAAACAACA